GCAUCCCAACGUACCACAAAAACAACCCAACAACUUCCCUCCCCAACCCCAUCCCACGAAACUCCCUUCGUGCAAUCAUGACCUCCACCUCCGCCACCACCUUCCCCUCGACUCCAUCGUGUUCGGGCGAAGGGUACAGGAAAAGGUUAACGUCGCCAAGCAUACAUUCCGGCAGGUCGUCCCUUCGCGCCCUGACCGUUUUUGAUGUGUCGGUGGUGGGAGGAAGACAAGCUAUAAACGUGAGUUUACCCCCGUCCUCGCGCCAGGACUCCUGCAUUGCAUGUUCCUCCGGAAGUGUUAGGCGGUCGGAGGCGGUUGCUGUGCGGAGGUCCUGAAGUUUGACGGGUUAAGGGCAAUGUUCAGUCUAUUUUAUGGUGGGGUUCGAGAGAGAGAAGACUGGGGGUACCUCGUCUUCCAUCCAGGCGUGGUAGGUCAGUACAUGGUGGGGCUCGUAUGGGACUAAGAGGAUUUUGGGAGAUUGGAGGGCUAGGCUUUAUUAGCGGAUAUCCGAAUAUCAGAGGGGGGGGGUUGGUUGGUUGGAGACCGGAGAGAGGAAGGGGGCUGGGUACAACACCGGUUUUGGAAUUGAGCUUCAUUGCGAUGGAAUGGGACGGGAUUGGAUGUGAUGUUACCGGUGGCGGCACCGUUGGUGGUUGUACUCGGGUAGGGACGAAAAAAUCGGAAAAAAUGUUCGGCAAGAUCCUGCGGUGAACCAGGUCAAUAGUGAGAAAGUUUGGAAAAAAAAAAAGGGGGGGCUUGGCAGACAUCAGAAAGUCGGAUGAUGGUGUUUGAAGAAGGCACAUUACUUGUACAGUUUUAAUUUGCUGCACCAGCACUGAGACAGCCCUGGCCACUGGCUGAGUUCUGAAUAGGCAUACAAGUAUCUAGCUG